AAGAGCAAGACAUCAACCUCGCCAUCACUUACUGGGUUCUCUCGCUCUGGAUUCUGGGUUGACAAAACUAGAUCGAACGUUUCCUGCUCAUUUACAAGUCGACGAGCCGUGCAUUCUAGCACAGCGUCACACUCACAGACAGUAAAACUCUCCCAAAAUGGUCUUGACACUCCGAGCCUCUCGACAACUUCGCUCGUCAUGGCAUACUACGAGCAUGAUGACCACGAGCUUCGCCCGGUCGAUGGCUAGCAAGCCAACCCCGGACAAGUCUCACCUGGUGACCACCUACGAAGACUCGAUCUUUCCUCGAGGAUUCAAGGUAGCCUCCUCUCACUGUGGGAUCAAGAAGAAACCCGGCGUCCUCGAUUUGGGGGUCUUGGUAUCGACCUCGGAGACGCCUUGUUCGGCAGCAGCUUGUUUUACGAGGAACGUCUUCAAGGCGGCUCCGGUGCAGGUCAGCAACGAGCUGCUGAAACGUCAUGAGGGCAGGGUCAAGGGGUUCGUAGUGAAUUCGGGGUGUGCGAAUGCGGUGACGGGGACGAAGGGUUUGGAAGAUGCUUGGGCUAUGAGCGAAAAGGUCACCAAGGACCAAAAUGUCCAGGGUCAGGGUCAGGGUGGGACAUUGGUCAUGUCCACAGGAGUUAUCGGCCAACACCUUCCUAUCGACAAGAUCACCUCCUCCAUCCCCGAUCUCACCUCCAACUUGUCGUCUUCCUCCUCCGCAUGGCUCGGUCUAGCAAAAGCGUUCAUGACGACAGACACUUUCCCCAAACUCCGAGCCAAAGAGUUCCAACUCAACUCUCAGACCUAUCGUCUGGUUGGGAUCGAUAAAGGAGCGGGGAUGAUCCACCCGAAUAUGGGACCCCCUCACGGUACUCUUUUGGGUGUGAUCGCUACCGACGCCCCCAUCCACCCGUCAGCGCUUCAGAGCGCAUUGACGUUUGCAGUGGAUAGGAGUUUCAACUCCAUCUCGGUUGAUGGGGAUAUGAGUACGAACGACACCAUCCUCUGCCUAGCCAACGGAGCGGGCGCUGGCGAGCGACGGGCCAAGGAGAUUACGGAAAAGGGAGACCCAGAGGCGUACGAGACGUUCAAAGGAGAGUUGACGGCGUUCGCAGAGGAACUCGCUCAAUUGGUCGUCAGGGAUGGAGAGGGUGCGACCAAGUUCGUCACCGUCAGGGUCGAGAACGCCCCGUCAUACGAUGUCGCUAGGAAGGUAGCCUCGUCAGUGGCUACAUCCUCGCUCGUCAAGACGGCAUUGUACGGCGAAGACGCCAACUGGGGACGAAUCCUCUGCGCAGUCGGCUACACCGACGUACCGGAGGGAACUAUCUCUCCUGCCUCGGUCUCGGUCUCCUUCAUCCCGCCCGCCAAAUCCUCCAACCCGACCCCGUUGAGGUUGUUGACCAACGGCGAACCUGAACCCUCGAUCGAUGAGAGCAGGGCGAGCGAGAUUUUGGCAGAGGAGGAUCUGGACAUCUUGGUCGAUCUCGGGGUGGAGGGUGGAGAGGCGGCCAAGUAUUGGACGUGCGAUUUCAGUCAUGAAUACGUCACUAUCAACGGAGAUUACCGUACAUGAACGCCUUUAUAUCGAGCCUUCGUCUAUCUAUGUAUGGGCCCGGUGUUAUAUCUCUCGCUUUCGAACGAGACUACGAGUCAAUAAGUCGAUGAUGAAUAAUUAGACUAGCCGUUCGUGUGCCAAUCGAACCAUUGCUUGCCGAUUUUCGCGGAACUUCUGGUGGUAGGAU